AUGGGCGUAUUCUACGAAACCAUCCCCCACAGCCUCUUCAACUGGAUCCUAGCCCAGAAAGUCUUCUGGGUAGCCACCGCACCCUUAACCGGCAGCGGUCAUGUCAACGUCUCACCCAAGGGCGGACCCGACUUUUUCGGCAUUCUUGACGAAAAGACGUUCUGGUACCUAGACAUGACCGGGUCCGGGAGCGAGACAAUCAGCCACAUCUACGAGCCAGGCAAUGGACGCAUCACAAUCAUGUUCAAUGCCUUCGAGGGCGGGCCGCGUAUUGUGCGUCUAUGGGGCAAGGGGCGGGUGUUGGAGAAUGGCCGGCCCGAGUUUGCGCAGUUUGUGGAAAGGAAUUCUGUUAAAAUGGUGCCUGGGGCCAGGUCGAUUAUUCUCGUGGAUAUACAUCAGGUUGGGUCUUCGUGUGGCUUUUCGGUGCCACUUUAUGAGUUUAGGGAUUUCCGCACCACCCUUGCCGACUACCAUGUGAAGAAAGAGAAGAAGUAUAAGGCUGGAAAUGAGAAAGAGAGUCUUCCAAGAUAUUGGGCAUCGAAGAAUACAUGGAGUAUCGACGGUCUCCCCUCCAUGAAAAUCGCACAGGAAUUUUCGCUGCUCUACGUACUGCUUGUGGCUUUGCUGAGCUUUGCAUUGGGCGUUAGUAUCCAUCUGCCGCUGCGUUUUGCUGGUGAAUGGUCAUGGUUGGGUCCAAGAUACUACUUUCAGGGUGGGAGUCUUGGGGCGCAGCCAUGA